UCUACUGUUAGUAGCUGUUGUAUCCACUAAUAAAAUAACAAAUUUUGUGUAAAUUUAACUAUUUUCUACGCAAGAUGGCAUUAAAGGAAAGCUGUCCAACAUUUACGAUUCCCUGUGAUUUCGGCAAGCGACAUGGCAUUACGGCAGCUUGGUUCACGGAGGAUAAAAUUUCCGUCACCGCCUACAGUAAUCAGCUGCUGCAAUCUGUCGACAGGCGUCCUCCCAACAAUUCCCCCGUCAAUGUGUACCAUUUGACUACGAACUUCAUACUGGAUGAACCGAUCCUGCGUAGUUUGGUUACGGAAUGUAGCAACGUUUUCUUGAACCUCCAGAUAGUUCGAAACAGUUCCCCUGCUGCUGCCAUUGAUUAUUUGAAAAUUUCCCGAAGCUAUCGCAGUGCGAUCCGGGCUUGCCUGGAGAAGCUGCAAGAUUUGAUUGCCAGCAACGAGUUGCGUGAUGUGGAACAAUACCGGAACUAUGUGACCAUCUUCUACUCGGUGGAAUCCAUUUGGCAUCUGGUGGAAAUUUUGAUUAUCGAUGCCAGUUCGGCCAAUGCGGUGGUUCCGAAUUUACUCGAUUGGGUGCGGUUCCACUUUCCAACGGCAGAGCGACUGGCGACGGAACUGUUGCAACAGGGACGGGAAGUUGAUUCCAGCGAUGACUACUGGCCAGUGGUGAAAGGGUUGAUCAUUCAAGGGCAAAUAAAUGUGGCUAGAGCACUGCUAAAGUUGCACACCAACUCGGAGAAUGUGUGCUUCGAGGUGGCCGAGCAGAUUCUCCAAACUAUGCCGGUUUAUAGCGUGUACGGAGGGCUGUCGAUUCAAAAGUUCAAAUCGCAAUGGCAAUAUUGGUCGGCGAACGCCCGGUCCAAGGUUGAUGCUGGCAUUUUGGCCGUGGAACCAGAGCUGGAGGAGAUAAUCAAGUUCGUGAUCGGUGAUCGUAAAACGUGGACUGAACAGUGCAACAGUGCAUCCUGUUGGUACGAGUACUUCCCCGGCUACUUAUUAUAUACUGAAUCGACCUGCAAGUACUACGAGCUGGGUACCUUCGCCAACAAUUGGCUCUCGCAGUGGAUUAGUACCGGUGGGGCGAAUCCAUCGUACAAAUACUUGGAUAAAAUUAUUCUCUCAGUCAUGGAGAACAAUCUUCCUCAAGUGCUGCACAACAUUCAGAACAUUUGUGACAACAAAUGGUUCGUUACCCAUUUGGUGGAUUUGCUGUAUCACUGCGGUCAACUCACGCUGUCCACCGGUGGUCACGUUGAAGAGGAGGAUGCGGAGAAGAUGUUCCGCGAAUCGUUACUGUACGAUUUCGGUUGCUUGCUCAUGUCGCGGAACUCUUCACUCUGGGAAGCCGGUUUGGACUACCUAGAAUUCUCCAGCACCGAAGGCCUGGGAGCACGCGAAGCCCUAUUAGGUAGAAUUCCUAUCAAAAACGAGAAACAGGCAAUGAAGCUAAUCAACGUCGCAAAGAAGAAUGAUUUUGCCGGCGUGGAGAGCGAAAUUUGCAAAGUGCUGGUGAAGCGUAACCUGACCAACAAACAAUACGGUAAUGCCCUUGAGUGGGCCAUCCGUUCCAGAGAUAGCUUUUAUGUGACGGCAGUGGCGAACAUCUUCUUGGAACACUAUUGUAACCACGGCGAGAUCAUGUGUGAGGAUGUGAUUGCCAACAUUGGAGCGAAGAUGUUCUGCUCGCCGAGAUUGAUCUUCCUGGUCAAGUACUACGACUUCCGCCAGUUCUUCCUGGAGCGAUCGAUGGCUCAAGCAGCGGAGUUGCUGGUUAAUCUGCUGGAUUCGAAGAUCACACCGAGCUACUUCUGGCCAUCUCUGCUGGCCGACACCAUCCCGCUGCUGGAGCACAAGGAACCCGUCAUCCCGACCAAGGAAACCUACACCAUCCUGCAUCACCUCGAGUGGGACCUGGUUCCAAUGAUGGAGAAAAGGAAAGAACAACUGAAGAGCUGUAAGAAGCCCCAGUCCGGUGACCCGGACGCCGACAUCGACAACCAAGCCCUGCUGCCGAAGUUCUCGUCUAACCUGUUGAACAACUGCACCGACGAUUUGGUCAAAAUGCUUCGGUUGGCCUGUGCUCGAAACCUCGCGCGGGCUUUCAUCAUUGAGAAUACGGUUGCUGAUUGAAUAAUUGAAUAGAGUAAAUAAAGGUCCUUAGCAUAAACGUGUCAGGCUUGGUUUGGGUCACUUUCGGAGAAAAUCCAAUUGAAACAAGCGCGGGUUAUGAAUAAUUUAACUCUAUUUUUUUUUUCUCGAAAUAAUUUAAAUUACACAUUGUUGUUGGUUGUUUUUUUUGCUGUGAACUUUCUUAUUAUGUUGCUUGAUUUACAGUAUUAAAAUUACACUUCCUUAGCUGUCUAAAAACGUUGUUGUUG